AUUGAACUGAGAGGAGCAAGUGGCUUACCAAGCAAAAUGUGGAAGUUUAUCGUUUUACUGAUACUUAUCGCCUGCGCGGUCUGCAGUGCUAGUUUGGAAUCCAAACUCGUUAAACGUCAUCACCAUCCGGAUCAUCACGAUGAUCACGAUCACGACCAUGAUCACGAUCAUGAUCAUGAUCACGAUCAUGGACACGGACACAAUCACAACCAUGGUCCUGUAAAACAGAAGCGUCAUGCGCCUUACUACUACGAUGUAUCCCCAGUUUUGGAGUACGAAAUUGCUCCGCCAGCACCUGUAGUUCAACCUGCUUACUACAAUCACUACAAACCACCAACUUACCAUCACAAGCCCCCUUGCACUCAUAAGCCACCGACAACUACAACUACAACAACCACCACAACUCCAUAUCCACCUACAACCACGUGGAAAACUACCUGGAAAACCACCAAAAAGUUCCAUCCCAAGGACAAACUGGUCGAGAAGGUGACCGACAAGAAGGAGCACGUGAUCGAGAAGGUAACCGGAACCGUGGACAAAAUUCACACCCUAAUCCAGGAAGAGGAACAGAAAAAGGCUCACUUUUUGAGCAGCAAAGUGACCGACGUAUUGAGCUUCAUUCACAAACCGUUGUCGGAGGCCAGGACUACCGAUUCGGCUGAGGCUCGAUUCUUUGGCGAUAGUUGCGGAUGUAACGACCAUAUUUCCAAGCUGGGGCAAGCCCUGCUGUUGUUGGAUGCAGAACUGGCCAAGGUUAAGGCGUUCCUGUCGGCCAAGGAGACGGUUGUUUCCGACGGGAAAACUAAGAUCGUGAAAGUGGUGAAAAAGUCGAAGGCCAUUGAGGCGGAAGGAGAGGAUGAAAAUUAAAGCGAAGCAAUAAAACGAGAGCUAUUAUUUAUGACAAUA